AUGGCGUCGAGCCCCAUGCCUUCAUCACCCCCCGAGUUCAACAUGGCACAUGGUGUCGAAGACGACGACGAUAUUGAGGAAGAGGUUCUAAUUGAGGAUGAUAUCGACGAUUUAGACGAGAUGGCCGACGACGAAGUUGAUCUGUUCCGCGAGGGUUACGAAAACGAUUACCGAGAUGUAGAAAACGAUCGUUAUGGUAGCGAAGGCAUCGAUGAUGUGCAAUAUGAUCCUAUGGGUAGAGACGAGGUAAAGCAAGUCGACAAGGUCUUGAAUCGACGAGAUCGCGCCAUCCAGGAAGGAAGGGGAAUGCCCCAGGUUUGGGGAGCACUAGACGAAGAUGGUGAUGAUAUCGACUUGUCUGCUCAACCUCGCCGCCGCCGCCACAACUAUGACGAGAAUCCUGACGACAUGAUGGACACGGACAUCAUGUCAGAGGAACUAUCACUCGAGGCACUCGGCGAUGUUAAGGCUGCCAGCUUGACUGAAUGGGUUUCGUUACCUUCAGUUCAACGGACCAUCAGACGCGAGUUCAAGGCCUUCCUCACAUCUUAUACCGACACAUCUGGCUCAUCAGUGUACGGUAACCGAAUCCGCACACUUGGUGAGAUCAACGCCGAGACUCUCGAGGUCUCGUAUGAACAUCUUUCCGAAAGUAAGGCUACCCUGGCCUAUUUCUUGGCCAAUGCGCCUGUUGAGAUGCUCAAGCUCUUCGACGAGGUUGCCAUGGACGUUGUUCUUCUGCAUUACCCUGAUUACGAACGCAUCCACUCCGAGAUUCAUGUCCGUAUUUUCGAUCUUCCCGUGCACUAUACCCUCCGCCAGCUCCGCCAGUCACAUCUCAACUGCCUUGUCCGAGUCAGUGGUGUUGUCACCCGACGAUCGGGUGUCUUCCCUCAGCUCAAGUAUGUCAAGUUUGACUGCACCAAGUGUGGUGUGACGCUUGGUCCUUUCCAGCAAGAGUCGAAUGUCGAAGUCAAGAUCACUUACUGCCAGAGCUGCCAGUCAAGAGGCCCCUUCACCCUCAACUCGGAAAAGACAGUUUACCGAAACUACCAAAAGCUUUCUCUUCAAGAGUCACCCGGUACCGUUCCUGCUGGUCGAUUGCCGCGAUCCCGCGAGGUUAUCCUUCUCUGGGAUCUUAUCGACAAGGCAAAGCCCGGUGAGGAAAUUGAAGUGACCGGAAUCUACCGCAACAACUACGACGCUCAGCUCAACAAUCGUAACGGCUUCCCUGUAUUUGCUACCAUUCUCGAAGCCAACAACGUCGUCAAGUCUCACGACCAGCUCGCUGGUUUCCGCAUGACAGAAGAGGAUGAGCAGAACAUUCGCAAGUUGGCGCGCGACCCCAACAUCGUCGACAAGAUCAUCAACUCGAUAGCACCUAGCAUUUACGGACAUACUGAUAUCAAGACUGCCGUGGCUUUGUCGCUCUUUGGCGGUGUUGCAAAGGUCACUAAGGGUGCCCACCACCUCCGAGGCGACAUCAAUGUUCUUCUUCUGGGUGAUCCUGGUACGGCCAAGUCUCAAGUCCUCAAGUACGCCGAGAAGACAGCCCACCGAGCCGUUUUCGCUACUGGCCAGGGUGCUAGUGCUGUUGGUUUGACUGCUAGUGUUCGUCGAGACCCUCUCACUAGCGAAUGGACACUGGAAGGUGGUGCUCUUGUACUGGCUGAUCGCGGAACUUGCCUUAUUGACGAGUUCGACAAGAUGAACGACCAAGAUCGAACAUCCAUUCACGAAGCCAUGGAACAGCAGACUAUUUCCAUUUCCAAGGCUGGUAUCGUUACUACCCUGCAGGCUCGCUGUGGUGUUAUUGCAGCAGCUAACCCUAUCGGUGGACGAUACAACUCUACGGCCCCCUUCUCUGCCAAUGUCGAGCUGACAGAGCCCAUCUUGUCGCGUUUCGAUAUUCUUUGUGUUGUUCGAGACACAGUGGAGCCUGAGGAAGACGAGCGUCUGGCCCGUUUCAUCGUGGGAUCCCACAGCCGAAGCCAUCCUCUCAGCCAGGCAGAGCACGACUCCAUGGAGGUUGAACACGAUACUCAAGCUGAGACCCAAGCGUCGACGCGCAAUCCCGAGGGCGAGAUUUCACAAGAGCUGUUGAGGAAGUAUAUCCUUUACGCUCGUGAACACUGUUCCCCUAAGCUCUACCAUAUCGAUGAGGACAAGAUCGCACGACUCUUUGCUGACAUGCGACGAGAGUCAAUCGCCACAGGUGCCAUUCCUAUUACAGUGCGACAUCUUGAGGCUAUCAUCCGUAUCAGCGAAGCUUUCUGCCGCAUGCGUCUAUCAGACUACUGUGCAGCACAGGACAUCGAUCGCGCCAUCGCCGUCACGGUGGACAGCUUUGUGGGCAGCCAGAAGAUUAGUUGCAAGAAGGCUCUCGCAAGGGCGUUCGCCAAGUACACACUGGCCAGGCCGGGUACUCAGAGAAGGACUGGCGCCAACAGCCAGGGCAGACGGUAA